AUGGCAGAUAACAAGCGUAAGCACUAUAUGAAAAGCUACAUGAGAGAUUAUAGAAGUUUUAAAAAGUUGUUCAAUGAAGAAGAGGAGGGUAAAGAAGAUGACAAAGAAGAAGGUAAAGAAGAUGAUGAAGAAGAAGAAGGAGGGAAAGAAGAUGACGAAGAAGAAGAAGGGAAAGAAGACGGAGAAGAAGUAGGUAAAGAAGACGACGACGACGAAGAAUGUAAAGAAGACGAAGAAGAAGAAACUAAUGAAAACGACGACGAAGAGGAAGAAGGUAAAAAAGACGACGACGAAGAUAAAGAAGAUGAUGAAGUAGUAGGAUAUAGUGAAAAAAUUGAUAAUGCAGAAAGUGAGGUUCCUCAAUCUGUCAAGACUCGAAAUUUUCUUCAUAAAUGGGCUGUUGAAAAUAAUAUAAAAUCUAAACCGUUAAGCGAGCUUUUGACUCAUUUGAACUCUUUCAUGAAAGACAUUCCUAAAAGUGGGACAUCUUUAAAAAUACUUUAA